AUGGAUUCGCAGAUAAAUUAUUCUCCUUGUCCUUAUUCUUGGGAGGAACUUUAUCAUCAAAGCUUCUUUCCGUCCCACAGAGAUGAUUAUCAGCACAGCACACGAGAUGACGGUUCCUCAAUGUUCGGCACCUUCUCGGAUCAGGAACCGAAAGGAUCAUCCGAUACAUACGAAGAAGAAGUGAUCGUGAAGGGCCAACAAGAAGAUGCUGAACUGGCUGACGAGAUCAAGAACGAGGAGAAACGUUACAUAGGCGUCCGAAAAAGGCCUUGGGGAAAAUUUGCGGCGGAGAUAAGAGAUUCGACGAGAAAUGGAAGGAGGGUUUGGCUCGGGACUUUUGAUAGUGAGGAAGAGGCGGCUGUUGUGUAUGAUCAAGCUGCGUAUUUGAUGCGCGGAUCUCUCGCUCAUCUCAAUUUUUCUGUGAAAAGAGUACAAGAUUCUCUCCGAGAAGUCAAGUAUAGGUGUAAGCAGGGAUGUUCUCCUGCUGAGGCCUUAAAGGAGAGCCAUAAGUUGAGAAAUAAAACUAAGAAAAAAACAGGUUCUUGUUCUGAUAUUAAGCAAGGAAAUAAUAAUAAUAAUAAUAACAAUAUGCUUGUAUUCCAGGAUUUGGGAGCUGAUUUGCUAGAGGAGCUUCUUGCCAAGUCCGCAAGUUCUUCGACAAGCUUUUAA